UGCAGCUGCUCUUCACUGCAGAACUUGAAUAUUGCCACUCAGACAUUAGAACGCAGCAUGGCGACUCGCUGGGGCAUCUGUGGAGCAGGAAACAUCAGUCAUGAUUUCUGUGUGGCUUUGAAGACACUUCCACAUAAAGAUCAUCAGAUGGUUGCAGUUGCAGCAAGAAACCUAGAAAGUUCAGAGAAAUUUGCAAAGACUCAUGGAAUACCAACUGCAUACGGCAGCUACCACGAGCUGGCGAAGGAUCCAAAUAUCGAUGUUGUGUACAUUGGUGUUCUCCACACACAUCAUCUGCAGGUUGGUCAGCUGUUCCUAAACUCAGGAAAGAACGUGUUGUGUGAGAAACCAUUUGCCAUCAAUCUCAGAGAAGUCAAACAGCUUGUCGCUGCGUCCCGGAAGAAUAAUGUCUUUCUCAUGGAGGCGGUGUGGUCGAGGUGUUUUCCCGUGUAUGCUGAGGUUGGCAGACUGCUCUCUGAAAGCGCCAUCGGGGAAGUGAAGAUGGUUAAAGCAUAUUUCGGUUUACCUCUGCUGGACAGAAUACGCACAACGCAGAGAGAGGGGGGAGGCAGUCUGCUGGACAUCGGUAUUUACUGCUUGCAGUUUGCGCUGAUGGUUUUCAAGGGGGAGAGACCAGAGUCCAUCCACGCAACAGGGGUCCGACUGCCCUCAGGAGUGGAUGAGUCAAUGGUGGUGGUUUUGAAGUUCUCUGGGAACAGGAUGGCCAUAUGUGCAUGCACCCUUGGUUGUGCACUUCCAAAUGAUGCCACCAUCUGUGGCACCAAGGGCAGCAUCACCGUGGCGCACCCCAUGCACUGCCCAACCACUCUAGAAGUGAAUGGAAAAAGGACUGAGUUUCCACUUCCAGAGCCAGGCAUUGCUCUAAACUUCAUGAACAGCACUGGGCUGAGAUAUGAGGCAGAGGAAGUCAGACAGUGCCUCCAAAAAGGACUAAAAGAGAGCAGUAAAAUGUCACUGACAGAUUCAGAACUACUAAUUGAGAUCAUGGAUGAGGCAAGGAGACAGGUGGGCGUGGUUUAUGACCAGGACAGCCAAUGAUCACUCGCCAUUCCUCAGAGCCCUUGAGAUUUGAUUGGAUGGUGCCAUCCAGGGGGAAAGAAAAAUAUGUUCUUGAACAGUUAUGUAAUAAAAAGUCAUUUGUAUGAGUAGUGUGGGCUUAAUGUGUGCAAUAAAAGUCAAUCACACA